AUGAACAAAUUUAAGUUAACUAAUGUGCAAAAAGUCCAUAAGAGGCUGGACAUCGCUGUCAAACUAACUACCAUUAUUAGCAUUGGCAACAUUUUGGAACACAUGGAGAAUCAUAACUUGAAUGCAGCAUCAUUGGGAGGCAUGGCGACUGUUUAUAUAACUCUUGACUUUGCUCUCAACCAGGUAAAAAUGAAACACUGGACGAAAACGACAGACGAACGAUUUGGUUUUUGGGUGAAACAGCCUACUAUGAACAUUGAUGAAGCGGCAUUGCUAAGGGGAUAUAGAAGAGAGAGAGUGACUGGACCAAAUCUGGACUCGAUAAUGAUUCAGAUAAAUGGAAUUUGGAACAGAGUAUCAAAAUGGGAGGAAGGGCCUUCAAUUUUCUUGUUGAAGCUUCU